AUGCACUCACGUGUUGCUGCAGAGAAGGCACCCCGCACACACAACCAUCGCCGCGUGACCGGAUCCAGCGGAAGGAGGAGGGAAGGAAGAGAGAGUGAGCCGCAGAGGCCUAACAUGUCCCGGCGUGUGUUUGCUUCCGCGGCGCUGCUCCUCUUUUUUGUGACGGUUAGCUGCGACAGUGGAGCUGCAGCCGCUGCGGAGAGUAAGUCCGGGGUUCUGCAACUGGCGCAGGAGAUCGACGUUUUUGUGCCGAAUCAGACGCAGGUGGUGUCAAGAGAUGGGAAUGGUGAAAGUGGAGUGAAGAAAGCAUUUGCUGCGCCUUCUCUUGUCAGUGCUGGUGGCGUAAUGGUUGCCAUUGCUGAAGGCUUGUUUGAAUAUAACGGCCAUGAAAAUAACUUGUUUGGGAUUUGGUCUCCCGACAUUGUGGCCGGGUACAUCAAGGCUGCGGAGAAGUGGCCGUCCAUUGUCUCUGAGAUCACCAAGGUGGAUUGGAGGGCACACACCGUGCUUGGCAGUAGACAUGGCGAUAAUCGUUUGCGCGUUUUGCACCGGCCCACAGCAGUUGCGAGGGACAGUAAGGUGUUUCUGCUUGUGGGAAGCGAUACUACAAGAUAUGACAACGGUGAUGAUGUUAUUUGGGUGAAAGAUGGCUGGGAUAUUCAACUGGUGGAGGGUAUGGUCACGCAGUCCACGGACGGCGUGCAGAGUACACUGAUCAACUGGGCUGAACCCAAGUCGCUUUUACAACAGAUCCCCAAUCACACUAAAGAUCAGCUGAGGGAUUUUGUGACUGCUGGUGGUUCAGGCAUUGUGAUGCAGAAUGACACGCUUGUGUUUCCCCUGGUGGCGAAUGGGAAAAAUUACCCUUUUUCCUCGAUCACUUAUUCGACUGACAACGGCAACAACUGGGUGUUCCCAGAGAGCAUUUCUACUGUAGAAUGCCUUGAUCCCCGCAUCACCGAAUGGGAGACGGGACAAAUUCUCAUGAUUGUUCAUUGUGUGGAUGGCCAGAGUGUGUUCGAGUCGCGUGACAUGGGGAAAACGUGGACGGAGGCCAUCGGGACGCUUCCGGGCAUUUGGGUCAGGCCACGAUCAGGAGUCUCUUGGGACGAAGGUUUGCGUGUGGAUGCCCUCAUUACCGCGACCAUUGAGGAAAGGAAGGUCAUGCUGUACACACAGAGAGGGUAUGCCUCGGGGGAGGGAAAUGCCACUGCGCUCUACGUUUGGGUGACGGACAACAACCGCUCGUUUCAUGUUGGACCUGUUUCCACGGACAAUGCUAUGGGUAAGACGCUCGACAACGCACUGCUGUACUCGGAUGGGAGUUUGCAUCUUUUACAACAGAGGAGCAACGGUGAAGGCAGUGCCAUUUCACUCUCCCGCCUGACGGAGGAACUGAGUACAAUCAAGUCCGUCCUCAGUACUUGGAUGCAAAAGGACGCCUUCUUCUCCAACUUGACCAUACCCACGGCGGGUCUGGUGGCAGUUUUGUCAAACGCAUCGGCCAGUGACGACAGGUGGAACGACGAGUACCUUUGCCUGAAUGCAACGGUGACGAAAGGAAGGAAGGCCAAAGAUGGGUUGCAGUUGACGGAGUCUAACUCCGGGGUACUAUGGUCUGUGAACAGUCGGGUUAAUAAUGUGCGUCAUGUAUCCUUGAGCCACGACUUCACACUUGUGGCGACGGUGACAAUCGAAGAGACUCCGAGUGGGAACACACCUCUACUGACUGCGAUGUUGGGGGACACUGCGUCCAAUCAUACCAUGGGACUGUCGUAUACGGCGGAUAAGACGUGGGGGACGGGGCUUAAAGACAGGAAAACAACACAGAGCGGCAGUUGGGAGCCGAAGAAGGGAUACCAAGUGGCACUCAUGCUGCAAGGCAAAAAGGCCUCUGUGUACAUUGAUGGUAAGUUGCUGGGGGAGGAAGAAGUGCCGUUAACGGGUGAGGCGCCACUUGAGCUUGUACGCUUUUGCUUUGGUGCAUGCGGUGAGGAUGCCGGCCAACACUCUCCUGUGACGGUGAAGAACGUCUUUCUGUACAACCGCCCACUGAAUUCCAUUGAGAUGCGUGCAAUCAAGGACAGGAUCCCCACUUCGAAUGGCCCAGGCGAAGCACUGGCGGGGAGUACAACUGUGGAGGGUACUGCCACCACAGAACAUGCGGCUGCGGUAAGCUUUACCUAUGCUGGGAGCGGACUGCUGUCGCUGCUUCUGCUGGGACUGUGGGGGUUUGCGGCUGCGUGA